CGAUGAGUGAGCAUCCGAGCUCCAAUGGCGUCGACAUGGACGCCGAGUUGGCGCAACUUCUGCUCGAGCAAGAGCAGUUUCUCAACCAAAAGAAGCAGCCAGCAGCUAAAGUAUCUCGACGUGGAGGCCCACCAAAAGUUUCAGCGUCUAAAACUCCGCAGAAGGCUUCCGAAUCGACCCCAGACGAGAGUCCGCAAGUGCUCAAGGGCGUCGUGGAGCGCCAAGUGACGCCUGUGGGUCAGCAGAGCUUCGUAUUUACCCCAAAACCCUCCGGUUUCCCCUCUGUCAAGCGGCGUGGCCCCGGUCAAAGCCUCUUUGGCCGUAGACGUCGCGAGGCGAAGGCUAAAGAGCAGGAACAGGAGAAGCAUGUAGACCAGGAGAGCAAGGACAUAGAUGCAGCCAACAAAGCCAAACUACAGGAGAUGAGUCCCCAGGAGAUCCUGGAGGCGCAGCAGGAGCUACUGAGGACGCUGGACCCAGAAUUGGUCAAGAAACUAAAGAAUAGGAACAAAAAAGAGAGGAAGAGGGAGGAGAAUAUGGUCAAAACACGAAACAAGGUGGCGAUUGGAGAGUCCAUAAUGAAACAUGACGAGGGGAAUGAGCAGAUCCAAAAGGAGGAGAGGAUCAAGAGUCUGGCAGCAGUUAAGACGGAGGAAGAGCUCAAAGAACAAGCCAAGCUGCUGCCAGCCGAGGAACGUGCGAAAUUGGACUGGACGCAGACCACGAAGAAGGACGAGAAAGUUGCUAACGGCAAGAAAAUCGAUCUUCCAGUGGCUGAAGAUGCGACGCUGGAGCGGUUUGACUUGGACGGGAAGCUGUUGGAAGCGACAGAUGCUGAACUGCCAGUGCACUCUGGACUAUUCCACCAUGGUGAUGACCCGGAUGCUGCGGGAUAUACACUACCAGAGCUUUUGCAUCUUGCACGCAGUUCUGUUGCUAGUCAACGUGCGAUGGCUCUCAACGUUGUGGCCAAGAUCUUGCACAACCGACAGCUGCAGGAACGAGCGGGUCUUCGUGUGACCCCGCGAGUGCUGCCUCGUGACAUGGCGAUGACGCUACGAAUUGUUCUGGACGACCAGAACUACACAGCAUUAAGUGCUGGUGUGUCUGCCCUACACGCAUUCAUUGUGCCUGUCGAAGAUGACUCGGAUGAAGACUUUUUGUCUGAGUUAAAGUACGCUACUGUGGUGCUUCCUCGUAGAGUUCAUCUGCAUCGUAAUGGAGCUACAAAGACGACAGAUCACUCACACGGAGUGGAAGAAGUGGUUUAUAUCGACACAACUGAGGCUGACGAUGGAACAAGCAUCAGUGACGAGGAUUUAGCGGCUUUGGACCCUGUACAAGCGCUACUUAGCAUGGAUCUGGGCACUCGACUUCGGUAUAUUCUUGAGAGCAUCCAGUUACCCGACCAAUACGCGACCGAGAAGAUGCUAGACAUCCUGAUUGCAGUAGCUCGUCACUCUCCACGUGCGGCUCACGAGAUCAGCUCGAACGUGAGGCUUCUCAAGCUGUUGCAGCAACAGUAUGUCGAGAAUGAACAGGUGCUGACGUUCCAAGAGGGCAACAUCCGAUCACUACAGCUGUCACUGAAAGCUUUGGAACUUGUGAGGGCGCUCUGUCAAGGCCAACGCAGCGUGGCGUCUGCGCUGAUAGCUAGUGGAUUGGUUCAGAGCACCAAGGGCUUCUUGGCACUGAAAGAAGUCCCUUCUGGUGACGUGGAUGAAGCAGCUGCUGUUCUGUUUGGGAAGAUGCAAGUCGAGAGUCUUCGGAUUUGGCGGAUUCUUCUCGGUUACGGACUGGAUUUCCACUGCUUCGCGUACCUCUUCCCCGCUCUCGCGAGCUUCAUGCAGCAUUCCACUGAUGCCUCAACUACCCGGAACGUGGCGCUGUUUGCUGCUUUGGAAUCUUUCUGUGGUCUGGGAUCCGUACACGAAGCGCAGCAUUAUUUCAACCAGUUGGGUUUCUUCCUAGAUGCCGCAAAGGAUGAAGCUGUUCGGUGCAUUCGGUCGUUGUUGGUAGCGACAGAUGAUAGGACUGUUGCGCUGCUCUCCACGACGCUGAGAUUCCUCGCUGCUGCUAGUGCUCAUGCUACGAAAUACAACCUGGAGACUGCCGGUCUGGUCGAAGUUUUGAAGCUCCUGCAGUCAACUGAAACUACGCGAGAACUGCUUCCUCGUCUCAAUGAUACAGUAACGAAGCGGGAUCUGCUGGUAGCCAUCGUUCAAUUCCACCGACAGAUCGUCAGCAACGGCUUACUCUCCGAUGAUAUGGAUGAUGACGACAUCGUGCAGACUUUUUCGCGUCAAGUGAAGACGCCUCUGCUUAUCGCUGCGACGUCCGCGGUCGCCUCGUCUUCUACCAGGUUCAGCCUCACUUUGAUUCAAGCAUGUGAGCUCACUCUUGUUCUGGGAGAUUUAAUCGCAACAGGUCAGAGUGAUGUCGUGAACUUUAACGCUGACUUCGUACAGAGCGUGUACCACCAGGCUCUGAUCCUUGUGGAGCGUCUUGGCGGCGGUGGAGAAUUCUUGACAGCGCGGUUAUUCGCUGGUGUCUUGUUCCAUCAGAGUACACUACAGUCACUCGGUGUUUUUAGUGAGAAAGCUGACGCAACGCGCAUGAGUCGAGUGUUGACUCCCAUCUAUCAGGCUCUAGUGAACGCCACGUCCGAACAAGAAGCACACUCGUCGCAUAUCUUUACGGGCGUGUCAAGUGUCAACAAGUUUUCGUACCAUUUGCGUCUCCCUCAAGAGGAACAAAGUUACAUUCCCAGUAACUUGCCGCUGCCAAGUUUCUGGAUGGUCUCUCCUCUGUCACGUAUCGAGUACAACAGCACUGAAAACGGUAAACCGUCGACUGAUGUGGGUCCGACCCGUGCUCAAAGUGACGAGAUGAAGUUGAUCGUGAGCGCUACGUGUCGGUUUGUCUUCGAGUUCGAGCGACUGGCUCCAUCGAUGGCUUCCAUCCCUUCUAUUGCCGAGCUGAGACCGGAAGACAAGCUAUUCCACUUGAUGCACGUGCUCUUCGCUGGCAGCGACGUGCUGUUCGACGAUCACGUGGACGCUGCACUUCGUCAACUUCUUCCUAAGCUCAUCAAGCCAAUUCUUCGCUCCGCAGACUCAAAAUUACUGUACGCAGGUAUUUUACGGAACCUCAAGCGCUUCCAGAGUCUAGAAUCUGGACAGGAUCUAGAAUCGUCUAAAUCUUCGGUGUCUUUUUCGUCCGAUGAGCAGCAAGUGUUAACGUUCGUGGAGAAACUGGUGGCUGAAUUCACGGCUUCGUCUUUCGGUAACUCGCACUUUGCGCAAUGUAUGACGUUGCUGUUGACUGGCGAUUUUCCCUUGGAGUUGCGCAAGUUCGUGUGGAAGGAGCUUCAAGAGGCUCAUUUGUUGCACACACUCGCACCUUUCGAGGUCUCUAGUGUGGAGUUGUUCAAAAGAUGCACACGAGCUGUAUCGACUGAUGCCAAGUUGCUACAAUUCAUGCAGCAGGCGGUGUGCAAGAAGCAAGUGUCGCCUACUCGUGGGGCGUUUGCGUAUUCUGUGGCCAUUUAUUGCAUUGUGAUCUACUUGUUCGGUGAAGGAGGCAGUACUAUGAGCUUCGCACGUCAACAAUUCGCUCAGACACUCACGACGGAGGCAUCUCCAGUCAUUUGGGGGCAUCUUCUGACCUACAACGCUAAUGACUUGGCGUUGCUUAGUGAAAAGUGCAAUAGUGUGCUAACUCAACGCGUGGAUAAGCUUCGAACGCAAGCUGGUUUGUCAUCGGACCAGCUUCUAGCGUUUGAGGCCACUGUGUCGUUGCUUGAAAGCACUAAAUAGACAAAGCACAACUCUUCUAUUGCCUUGUGUUACACUAAUUUGGGUGUAAUUCUCCGUUUCUUGUUCUUUCUCUCAGUAUCAAUCGCACUCUUGACCACAGGC